AGGAGGAGGAGGCUUCACUUCUCAUGGCCGUAAAGACCUGUUUGUGUCUGCUGCACCACCAGCAUCAACCGAGGCUGUAAAGGCGCUUUGUGCAUCGCUAAUCCGCUCUGAUGUCACGGUGCAGAAGGAGGGGCUCUCCGCUUUAAUCCGAGCAAGUUGUCUGGAGAGAGAAGCAGAGCCAAACCGAGCCGAGCCUAAACGAGCAGGCACGGGAUAUACAGCAGGGGCGAUGUGUGCUGCAGGACCCGGGCCUCUCCUCCUCUGACAUGCAGGCUGAGCUAUAAGUGGAGUUUCCCUGGAGACAAGAAGAGCAUGUUCUGAUCAGAUCCCAGCCAUGAGCCACAAGUAUCAGGGAGAUGCGUCCGGGGAGGCAGGCGAGGAGCAGAAGGGGCCCCCGAGGAGCCGGCAGCCCAACGGGACGUCCCCCGGGGAAGCUCCCGUCCGUCGGUCCUGGAGGCCAUGUCAGAUCAACCAGGACGGGGAACCGAAUCCCCAUCACCACCACCAUCAUCAUCAUCAUCAGCCUCCUCACCACCAACACCAACCCUCAGCUCGUGGGGCCCCUAGGCAUCGCAGGCAGCCCCCGUCAGGGCAGAGCCAGGCUCACAGUCCCGGUCUGGUCCCGUCGUUGGUUUCCACCAGUCCAAACGGGGAGGAUAAUCGAGACUUUGAACCUCGUCCCGUCCAGCAAGCCCGCCCUGCUGUGACACGUUACCGCCGCCAUGGAGACCCUAAUCCAAGACUCAGGGGUCAAAGACAGAAGCAGCCAAUCAGAGACAUGCAGGACUCUCCACCUGGUGUGGAGGAGAGACAGAGUCCAGCAGAGGUGCAGGUAGAGCAAUGCUCAUUAGAAGAUCCUGUAUCCAUCAACCAAUUGCAGGACAGGGGUGCUCCUCACCAGACUCCCAUUGCUGUUGUCCCCCCCACCCAACUGUCACCUGCUCCUGCAACACAUGACAUGCAACCUCGCCUCCCAGACACUCCUCCUGCUGAGGCAGAAGAAGACCUCCAGGAGCCUACAGUGGAGUGUGAAGAGAAACCAGAGGAAAUUCAGGCACAGGACGAAGAGCAAGAACAGGCGGAGGAUGACGGAGACAUCUCCUCGACCCCAAGUCACUCCCACUGCAGCCAUGAGGACACACAGGCGGUCGAUGAGGGAGUAGAGGAACGCUCAGAGGAGGUUGAGGAGGAUCAGGUAGAAGAGAUGGACGAUGUACCGGAGGACAUCGCAGCUCAGGGAAGUGAAAUCACCGAUCUCUGCUCCGACACGGAGAGCGUGGCCUCGCUCAGUUUGGACGGACCUCUCCACAGCCCCCCGCCCCUCCAGUCCCCAACUCCUCCUUCCUCCCCGGAUGUUCCCCCUUUCCCCCAGAUAGACCACUUCAGCGAGGACGCCAGCAUGAGCCCCGUGCCCGACAACGACCUGCUGCCCGAAGACGAAGACGACGAUUGCUCCGAUUCGGGCUCGCCGCCGCAAUUCAGCUCUUAUCCUAAAACCUAUGCAGACUUUUAUACGGAGUCCCACCAAAAAACGUACCAAGAGCCGGUCUACGAGUCGUACCCGGAGACCAAGUCCUUUCCUAACUCUUUCCCAGAGCCCCUCAAGACCUCCUACCCCGAGUUGCACAGAGAACCUCGCAGGCAAUCUGGUUGGAGGACAGAGUCUAAAGAGGCCCAGCAGGAGACCCCCUUUAACAGCCAUAGACAGGAGAAUGUACAAAAAGGGGCUCCAUCCUCCCCCACCAAGAGCUCCCAUUAUGCCCAAAGGCAGGGCAGAGCUUCCCAUCACCCCCCUCUGGACCGCUCGGUCGGGUGCCGCCUGCACCACUACGACGGGCAGUCCGACGUUGAGGGGGAGGGCGCCGAUCAAAGUCCUCUGCCCAAAAGUCGCAGGCAGACCCCCAGACAAGCAGAAUCCCAGGCCAAGAGCCCCUCGUCUGGGCAGAGCAGCUCGGGGGAGACCCAGGAGGAGAGGAAUGCGGUGGGGGUGGGUCUCCAAGGGGAAGAAGGUACGAGGGGAUCGGGAGACGCCAUUACCCUGGCCAUUAAAGACAUCAAGGAGGCGAUUGAGGAGGUGAAGACGAAGGUGCUGCGCUCCCCCUACACACCUGACCGCCCCGUGGAGCCCAUCUGGGUGAUGAGGCAGGAGGUCAGCCCCACAGAGGAGGGGUACCCACUGCAGACUGCAGCUGGACAUUCUUCCCCUCACUCCCCCGCUCAGUCGUUGUCUGAGUCUCCGUCCCGCUUUGUUCCAGUUCGGGAACCGGUCAGUCCACCGAGGGCCGAGUCCUCCAGAGCUCCUCCUCCUCCUCAACAGUACCACCAACCGCCCCCCCAACAACACAACCACCACCAAGCCCACCUCUCACAGCAGAGGGACACCGCCAGGCCGCCGCAGACACACACUCAGCCUCAACCAUACCAACACGCGGCGCCCAAUCAGCUUCACCAUCGGCAACAUCAGCACCAACAACAGACUCCAAAUCAACCGCAGCUUCCAGCUCAGCGGCCGCGACCUCAAGUUCAGCCACAGUCGCCUUUACAGCAGAUGACGGUCCAGGAGCUGCGCAAAUCUCUUCCUUCAUUUCCAACGUUUGUGGAUGUCCCGGGGCCAUGUGACCCAGACGACCUUAUUGACGGCAUCAUCUUCGCAGCGACCUACCUGGGCUGCACCCACCUGCUGUCGGAGAGGACGCCCACGAAGAGCGCCCGCAUGCAGCAGGCACAGGAGGCCAUGAGCAGAGUGCGG